UUAUUGACUUAAGAUGGGUUGAUUUCAGUAGCUGCUAUUCUUUGUCAUCAAAAUACUUAAAUUUCUGAUUUCAGAAUUGAUACUACAAUAUUAUUCCUUCCUUGCCCGAGUCCUUGUUACUUGUUCUCCUAUCCUGUAUACCAAAAUGUUUCAAGAAAGAAAGAGAGCGAGGAGAGUACUUUUUGAAUUUAGGUGAAAUCCAUAUUUCGUUGAUUGGGUGAAACACAUAGACAAGCUUGAAUAUAUGUGGAUGGUGUUAUGCCUCGGUAAGGGAGACUCCACCAUUGAGCUCUCCUAAGCCUUCUGGAGUUCCGGAUCCUUCAAUUUCUGGGACAACCAUGACUAAGAAUUUCAUGUCACCCACCUAACUGUCAAAAUGGGCUGACCCAACCCAACUCAACCCAUCCUCGAUCAGCCAAAAUAAUAUAAUUCGAAGUCAGAGAAUGAAGAUGGGAAUAGUGUUGAGAUGACGACAAUGAUGAAUAAAUCAAAGACGCUGUGGACCGAGAAUAGGAUCUGAAAGGGCUGUUCAAACUUCUGCUUCUGUUGGUUGCUUUCUUCCUGUCUGGCUCAUUGAGUAUCUUCCACAAACUCCAGGCUGAUCUUCAACAGUUGGAAAUCAAAUCGUAUUCAAGAUCGUGCUGUCAUAUGCCCUGAAUAUCUACUGACACGAGUUUUCUCUGGUCUAACGGAAACAGCAUCUCUGUUGUUUCCUAGUCAUUGGUUUCUUCAGAUUAAAAACGUGGAGAUGAUAUAGCACGUCAAGUGCAAAGGCAACUAAUCGUAAUUUGAUGAAGGAUAGUCAGAGUUCUGGAGCUAGCAGGAGGUGUAAUGGAUGAAAUGGCAAAUCCGAGCGGCCCCAGGAAGGAGCUUAUUAACAACCAUUGCAGUGAGUUCAUGCAACUAAUCAAGGACAUCCAAGUCACACUGCGAGAAGAAAUCAAAAGUGCAUGUGAAUAUCGUCCUUUUGAGAAGUGUGACUAUGUACCAAGAAUAUCAAAUGAGAUCUGUUGCAAGAAACUCGAGUAUGUCAUUUCUCAGUUCGACAAUAUGAAACAAACAAUUGAGGGGUAUCAUGCUGCAGCAUCAGACCAUAUGGCCCUUGAUUAGUAGGUAAUAUACUCAGUGUUGCUUCUUGUUCAUGUGGAAACAUAAAUAUCUACGACAACAACUACUACACCUCAACUCCAAGCAAGUUGGAGCCAGCUAAAGGUUUAUUUAUUUAAAGCGUUUGAAUCAAUACCUCAGGACGACCACUUUUGUGUGAAUAACUUUGCCGAUGGAUCUCUACUAAUGAUAUAUAAUCUUGUUGCAGUUGAAAAUUUCUCCGAACAUGAUAUUACAUGUCUGUGAAAACUUAGGCUUUUCUUGGUUGUUCAGUAAGCGAUGAGUUGAAGUAGCUCGAAUCUUGAAUCAGGAAUUCUCUUUGAAACAAUUCUUGAGAUGUCCCUGUACUGUUGGAUUUGUAUCUUAUUUCAUUCAAUACUAUAGUUCAGUAUCUGCUGUUGAAUUGUAGGAAUGAUACAUUUGCUUUUCACUUGUUUAUGCAAUGAACUUUGCUCAAUCUUGCAAA